AUGGUAGCCGACAUGAAACUUGUGGUCAAACCACAUAUCGCCAUCUCGACUGACACCACCAUCGGCAAAGCCCCUCACUACUUUGAUGAAUUGCCUCAUGAUGAAGAAUUAAGACUAGCAAAUCUUUUUAAGGUGCUCGACGUCGACGGUAACGGUAAAAUAGACAUACACGAUUUGUCUGAAGCUUUGAGAGAGUUUGGUCUCCACCAUAGGUAUGCCCAGUCAUUCAUUGAAAGGGCAGAUGCUAACAAAAGUAGCGAUAUAUCACUGGCAGAAUUUAUUCAGUAUGUUAGGGAUCACGAGAAAAAUCUUCGACUUGGAUUUUCACACCUGGACAGAAAUAAAGAUGGGAAGGUGGAUCUUGAGGAGUUGAUAAUGGCCUUUAAAGAACUUGGCGUUGAUGUCGAAGUCAAUGAAGCCAAAAAGUUGUUACAGAGGUGA